AAUGAGGAGGGUUACCUGUACACGUUAAUGGAGAGGAGGCUAAGUGGAAGGAGUUGGCUUAACACGUGAUUGUAGCGUACAGUUAAUGAUUACGAAGGUAGUAAGUAUUCGUGAGCCGUUAAGGUGGUUGUAUUUGUUGUACAUACUCGUACACACGUACACACUUCGCCACAGGUACAGUUUUGCUUUUAAUUCCAAUAAUGCAGCGUUUAAAUUCUCAAUGGACUUAGCGCCCAAGAAAUUACAUUUCCCGGAAUGAAAAAGAACAGCAGUGCAUGUCGAUAAGCGAAUAGGGAGACCAGUAAAUAAUUCAGGAGUAUAAGAUAAAUGCAAGCGAUUACUAAUUUCUUCUAAGCUUAAUUUAUGACCAAAGUAGAAAGUGCCAAUCAUGUUGACCACUCGAAAAUUAUGAAAUAAACAACGGUAUCCAAGCGUACGCAAUAAGCUAAUGAAAUAGUGUAAUAGAAUACGAGCAUCCCUUCUGGAGGUGCCUCCGUUUACCGUAAUCCGUCCAUUGGUGUAUAACUGGCAGUGACCUUUGAAUGGUUGGUUGGUCCGCAGGAGCAAUCCAGAAAAUCUAUGCGGUAGAUACUGGGCCAUCGGUAGUUUCCGCUCCAGGUCCGGUAGGUUUAGCGUGCAGCCUAACUCCGCAGUCACCACAACAUUCGUCACCUUGACUGUCUGUAUAAUACGAGUACACUUAUCAGCAAAUUGUCAGCUAUAAUAAAGGUACGCAAUGACCAGUCCUUACCGCGCCAAUAAUCGUUUCCACAUUCGCAUUCAUGCUUGGUCAGCUGGGUUUUGCGGGCGGGCAGAGCCAUCAUGCAACUGGGGCAGAUCGUCGGAUCCUUGCUUAAAUAUACUCCGGUCAGCCAUUUUGCGUAGGCGGCAGGUUUAUUGUACUUGCUGGGGCGAUCAUUGGACAGGUAACGGAACGAUGGGCAGUCCAAAUCGUCCAGAUUGAUAACAGCAGCCGGUCGCAAGAUAGGGGCGAGUAGCGCACACUUGUCGGCUCCUUUGACAUAGAACUUUACGUCAUGCUCCACAGCGUAGGUGUAGUCCCGGUCAUCGUCAGUACCAUUAAACGUCACAGCGUACCAGGUGUCCAGAGUAUUCCGUAAACUGCGUCGGUUUUCCGACAACUGCAUACCGAACAGUACUCCCUUAUUAAGGUUUUCUAAACCAAACUCUUCAACAAUGUAAUCUUUAGACGGAAAGAAAACAUUUGAAAACAUGCUGCUGGCUCGCUCAGGGCAAAUAAUGGCCAAAUGUUUAAUGAUCUUAACGUUUUGCAUCUCAGUAUACUGCGCAUCGACAACACAGUGGUGAGGAGCCAUUUUUCUCAGCACUGUCAACUGACGAAAAAACAGCAAAGAAAAAAUAGAGCAACUAAAUUAACUACUGUUUCAUAUGCUGUAGUAAAAUUGUACAAGGUUGUAAAAUGGACACGGUACCAUAACGCAACGGUUGCAAAAUGGACCCGUGGUAUUUUUAACACCGCUGUCUAACUGGGUACCGGCUUGAGCACAAGUGUGGUAAGGUAGUUUACCGACUGACGAUAAUUUGUAAACGACCGCUUUCAUUUUCAGUUAGUCCUCGCUUUAGUCGGUUAGUUUGAAUUUUUGUUCUACAUCUUUGACGAGUUUUACUUUUGCAAGCUUACAAGUUGCACGAUUAAAUACUGUAGUUACCAUUUUACAAUGGAGUUCCUCGCUGACAUUCCAUCAACACCCCGGAAGAACCCCAAGCGCAACUUGACCUUCAAGUUUCCCAAGGACCGCCCGGAGGACCGCACGGAGCUGGAGCCCAUCAAGCGCCAGAAGCUGGUGAAGCAAGAAGCCACCUAUCCACCCAGUAAGCACACGCGUUUCGCUUUUACCGAACAGGGGCUGCCGGUUUACAAGAUCGGGUUCGACAAGUUCGCUCUGGUCCGCUGGCUGGGAGGAGAGACGAAGGUCAUCCUGGCCGAGUUCAAGGAGCAGCCUGAUGGGACGUUUAAACCGACGGAUGCCAACAAGUACAUCGCCAUGACGAUCAACAAUUUUUUUCGCCUGAGUGGUUUAAUCCUGACCGGGAAAGCUGACCUGGACUCGAACACGUCAUCAUUUGACAAUGGUAAGCUGUCACCGCAUUUCUGCUUGGACGACAACCUGUACUUUCGCUGGAGCCGCUACAACGGUAUGGAUCUGGCUACUAUGCGUCGCUUCAACCUAACGCCUAACAAGGACCUGUACCCGACCAAGAUGGGGAUUUCUUUUGGACGCAAGGCCUACGAGGGACUGAAGGAGCUCGUUGUGGAUUUUACCUUACUGAAGGAAAUCCGGGACAUCAAUGAAGCUCAUGACAUCACUCCGGAUCCAAUGCCUGGGCUCGCUUCAGUCAGUUUGAAACAGGAACUGGCGGAGUUCAUGUUUCGUAAAAUUCGUGAGCACCGGGAAAGCACUAUUGGACGCACACCAAUGCGAGGAAUUGCCACCGAUGAAGAAUGGACUAUGGCCGAGAAAGACAUUUUGGAAAAGAAACAAGUGCAUGGUGUGCUUUUGAUGUUGAAUCAGGUUAAUUACGAACAGCUGCUGGCAUUAGAUUUGGAAGGUUAUAUGACGCAGUUUCGCACCGAAGUGCGCGCUCAGCUGGAUAAAAUGAUGAUGUAAUUUUGACUACGUGUAAUUUUUGCAGUACGGCUCUUUUCGCAUUUGUUUAUUUCACUAAGCGAGAAAUUUGAUUCUCGAGAAAUUUACGGUUACAUAUUUGUGUAUUUAAAUUAAAAUAAUGAUUAACAU